AUGCAAAGAAAACGACUAAGAGUUGGACAGCCGGAUGUUAAACGUAGGAGACUGGAACUAAAGGCUGAAAGGCAAUCAAAGAAUGCAUCUCAGUCUGUUCUUGAAGGAAGAACAUCUGAUAUUAUUCAAAUUGCUGCAAAGUGCAAGGAAAAAGAAUUUUCGAUAUAUGCCAUACCAACUCGUUGCAUCAGCAAGGAGGCCUCUGCAGCAACAUGUUUAACCUUUGAUGGAAACAAUCUGUGCUACAAGGGAGAGGCAGUUCCAGCAGUUCCUCCAUUUGAAGCACUCAUUGGAUUCCUGAACUUUUUAGAUUCUUUUAAUCAUCCAAUUAUAGUUGGACAUAAUAUUCAAAGUUUUGACUUGCCUAUAUUACGCCACCAUUUAGAAAGUAGCAAUCAUCUUGAAAGAUUUAGUGGUAAUAUAACUGGGUUUUUAGAUACUCUGAAGAUUUCAAAAAAAUCUUUAAAAGAUGUUAACCUGUCCAAUUACAAGCAAGAGACAUUAGUGCAGACUCUACUAGGAGAGGAAUAUGAGGCCCAUAAUGCUAUGGCUAAUGUAACAUCAUUAGAAAAGCUGUAUUACUCAAAAUUGUGUCUGUCAGAUAGAACAUUAUGUGAAAAUAUUUUUUAUUUGUCAUAUUACACAUGCAAGGAAUCUUUAGAGCCUUUAUUAAGAUGCAAAGUUUUGUCAGCUUUAAUGCUUCGAAAGUUGGUUGUAAAUGGCCUCAGUUUGUCACAUUUGAGACAAAUCCAUACUAGAGACCCAGAAAAUGGUAUUCGAAAUGUAUUCACAGAACCAUUGACAGAAAAUCCCAAAGCUGCAAGAAUAACAAAGUCAGCAAAAGUUAUUCAGAAGGUUGUUGAGUAUUUCAGUUUGUAAACAUUCAUGUGCAUACAUGUAUUAUAGUUUUUUUAAUCGUGUUUAAUGAAACUAAACAGUUUUGUCGGACUAUGUACAUACGGGUACUACAUGAAUAAAUAAGAUCAUAUAUAUAAUUCAUGGUUUUCCCAACAUUUCUUGAUUAUUUGUUGUGUGUUAACACAAUUGAAGUUAUUUGGAGUGAUAUGGCAAUUAUUUUCUUCAAUUUAGAUAGUUGGAAUCGUUGAAUUCAAUGAAAAACUGUCAAAACUGUAUAAUGGCAACCAUGUAUAGACACCAUUUUUCAAAUUUUUUACCUGGCAAGAUACUAUUUUCUUUUUGAAUUAAGAUAGGAUAUAUAAUGAAUUACAAAUGUACCAAUUUUGAGUGGGUUUGAACCAUUAUUUAAAAAGUUAUAGACAUUUUGAUUUGGUGUACUGUAUUUUUUCAGUGUUGAAAACAUGAAUCAAAAUCCAUUUUUUUGUUAUUAUAUACAUACUGGCAAGUUCACAUGACUUUAAAUUGUUUACAAACAUAAAAUAAAUGAUAAUGAUUAAUUUCUA